UGCGAACCAUUAAUCGACACCGAAAACUAAAAAGAAAGCGUAGUGUAAAAUCUGAAUUAUACCCUGAGGAGAACGAAAGCUCAUUCAAACGAUAUUAUUACUCUCUAAAAACUUUGUCCUUAUGUCGCUCAAUAACUUUGCCGCCACCGAUGGUAAUGGAUUUUCCGGCGAAAUGCCGGAACCCGACAUUCAAAUCAUCACCUCCGGUGGCCGCCGCAUUCCCGCACAUUCUACUGUUCUGGCUUCGGCUUCAUCUGUUCUGGAGAGCAUACUGGUUCGGCCGCAGAAGCGGCGGAACUCGGAGAAAACUAUUCGGAUUCUCGGUGUUCCCUGUGAUGCUGUUUCUGUAUUUGUUCAGUUUCUCUCUUCGUUCAAGUGUACUGAAGAGCAGAUGAAGAAACAUGGAAUUCAUCUAUUAGCACUUUCUCAUGUGUACUUGGUACCACAGCUAAAGCAGAGAUGUACAAAGGGGUUAGCUGAGCAAUUGACUGUUGAAAAUGCUGUGGAUAUGCUUCAACUGGCUAGGCUUUGUGAUGCACCUGAUGUGUAUCUCAAGUGCUUGAAAUUGAUAUCAACCAAUUUCAAGAAGGUUGAGAAGACCGAGGGUUGGAAGUUCCUCCAAGAUCAUGACCCUCAACUUGAACUUGAAAUUCUCCAGUUCAUGGAUGAGGCUGAUUCGAGGAAGAAGAGGACAAGAAGACACAGAAGGGAGCAGAAGUUGUAUUUACAGCUAAGCGAAGCGAUGGAUUGUCUAGAACACAUAUGCACUGAAGGAUGCACCAGCGUAGGGCCAUGUGGUGAUCAUCAGGAGCCCUGCACAAAGAAGCUGCCUUGUAGCAAAUUCAAAACAUGUCAAGGCGUCCAACUCCUUAUUCGACACUUUGCUACAUGUAAGAGAAGGGUGAAUGGAGGCUGUUUGCGAUGCAAAAGAAUGUGGCAGCUCCUCAGAUUACAUUCAUCUAUCUGUGACCAACCUGAUGAAUGUCGAGUUCCCCUGUGCAGACAAUUCAAAGUGAAGGUGCAACAAAAGGGAGAUGAUGGGCUAUGGAAAUCACUUGUCGAAAAGGUGCUCUCAGCCAGAGCCUUGUCCUCCUUAUCUCUGCUUAAAAGAAAGAGAGAAGAGGAACCAAGAAUGAACUUAGACCAUCAUGAAGUGAGAAGCUUCUUGACAACGCAGUGUCACUAGUUGUGAAGUUCAGUACUGCUACUAUAUAAUCUGAGAAUGAUUGCAGGUAGAAUAUUAGUGGAUGCUCAAUGGAAUUAGCAGCCUUUGUUAAUAUGUACUAUAUAUGUUCUACUGUAGAGGUUUUCCUUUGUGUGCCUGUGCCAGUCUUGAGUUGGAGAAAUCCUCCGUAAAUGCGGGGGUAUUUCAGCAGUAGAGUUGUAUAGGAAUGGAUUUUGUACAUGUAGUUUAUGGCUUUCAAUUAUAUGUUCCUCCAUUUUGCUAGAUGAUCAAGUAAACUUGUGAGGUAAAUAAAUUUUUGUUACA